AUGAGGAUGUGUGACAGAGGCGUCCAGAUGCUCAUCACCACGGUGGGAGCCUUCGCAGCCUUCAGCCUGAUGACCAUCGCCGUAGGCACCGACUACUGGCUCUACUCGCGCGGCGUGUGCAGGACUAAGUCCACGAGCGACAACGACACGAGCCGCAAGAACGAGGAGGUGAUGACCCACUCGGGGCUCUGGAGGACGUGCUGCCUGGAAGGAACCUUCCGAGGAGUGUGCAAGAAAAUCGACCACUUCCCCGAGGAUGCGGAUUAUGAGCAAGACACAGCCGAGUAUCUCCUCCGUGCCGUGAGAGCGUCCAGCAUCUUCCCCAUCCUCAGCGUGAGUCUCCUAUUCUUUGGGGGCCUGUGUGUGGCAGCCAGCGAGUUCUACAAGAGCAAACACAACGUCAUCCUCAGUGCCGGCAUCUUCUUUGUCUCUGCAGGUCUCAGCAACAUCAUCGGGAUUAUAGUCUACAUCUCAGCCAACGCAGGGGAUCCGGGGCAGAGCGACUCCAAGAAGAGCUACUCUUAUGGCUGGUCGUUCUACUUCGGGGCCCUGUCCUUCAUCAUCGCUGAGAUGGUGGGGGUGAUCGCUGUGCACAUGUACAUCGAGAAGCACCGCCAGAUCCGCGCCAAGUCCCAUUCGGAGCUGCUGAAGAAGUCGGCCUUCACCCGCCUCCCCCCCUACAGGUACCGCUUCCGCCGGCGGUCCAGCUCCCGCUCCACCGAGCCCCGCUCCCGGGACAUGUCGCCCGUCAGCAAGGGGUUCAGCACCAUCCCCUCCACCGACAUCUCCAUGUUUACCCUCUCCAGGGAUCCUUCCAAGGUCACCAUGGGGACGCUGCUCAACUCGGAGCGGGACCAUGGUUUUUUACAGGUCCAUAACUCCAUCCCCAAAGAGUUCAAGGAGUCUUUGCACAACAACCCGGCCAACAGACGAACCACGCCGGUCUGA